UUUUAUUUUAUUUUUAAUUCAAUUUAAUUUUUAUUUAUUUUCAUUUUAUUUAUUUUAUUUAUUAACAGAUCAUGGGGAAUUCUUAUGCAGGGCAAUUAAAAUCUACCCGUUUUGAAGAAGCUCUUCAUAACUCCAUAGAGGCCUCCCUCAGAUGUAAUAGUGUGGUUCCUCGGCCCAUCUUCUCCCAGCUCUAUCUUGAUCCUGAGCAACCUCCUAUUUUGCCGGAAGGUAACCAAGCAAAUGUGAAACCAAAAGUGGAAGAGCUAGACAAAGAAUUGAUGCAUCGUUACACUCAGAAUGGAAGUUUGGAUUUUUCCACCAGCCAGACUAUUAAUGAAACAGAAGAAGAUGAGGAGGAUGAAGACAUGUCUGAUUCCAGUAGUCCACCAAUCCCAUAUGCACAGAAACCUGCCCCAGAAGGAUCUUGCACUACUGAUGGUUUUUGUCAAGCCGGCAAAGAUUUGCGAUUAGUAUCGCUGCGUAUGGAACAGAUUGAUAUUCCACCAGGCUUCCUGUUGGUUGGAGCUAAGUCUCCAAAUCUUCCUGAGCAUAUUCUAGUCUGUGCUGUUGAUAAAAGAUUUCUGCCAGAUGACCAUGGAAAAAAUGCACUUUUAGGUUUUUCUGGAAAUUGUAUAGGCUGUGGAGAAAGAGGAUUUCGGUAUUUCACUGAAUUUUCAAACCACAUUAAUUUGAAACUCACCACUCAGCCAAAGAAGCAGAAGCACUUAAAGUACCACCUAAUAAGAAAUGCUCAAGGUGUGCUGUCAAAGGGACCUCUUAUAUGUUGGAAAGCUGCUUUACUUGCAGAAUGUAGAAGCAGGCACUCUUCUGUUGCUAGUCAUUCUGCUAAACCUAGUUCUUCAGCAUCUCCAUCUGUGACUCCUGAGAGUGGAACAGCCAAUGGAUACAAGCCAGGGUUCACCCAGACAGAGAUCUCGGUAUUCAGUGAAGCACAGUCUUCCUCUGCUGUUAAUUUAAGUGGAAUUCAAGAUUUGACUCGGAAUAAGAACAUAGUGAGACCACUUGCUUUGCCUGGACAACUUGUAGGAAACACAUUUGCAACAGCUACCCUGACAAGUUCUGGCCCACCCAAGAAACGACACCGAGGAUGGUCUCCUGGAUCCCCAGCCCUUCCUCCUGGUGUAAUUGUGCCUGUUCCUGCUAUCCGGCCUCUUCCAAGAGCAGAGCCUCUUUUAUCUGUCCCAGUUCCGCAAUCAAUGUUAACUGGAAUUUUACAGCCUCAACCCAUCCCUGCAGGGGAGACUGUAAUAGUUCCUGAAAAUCUGCUGAUUAACUCUGGAAUCAGACCAGUGAUUCUAAUAGGUUAUGGCACUUUACCUUAUUUCUAUGGGAAUGUUGGAGACAUUGUAGUAAGUCCAUUGCUAGUGAAUUCCUACAAGAUUCCUCAGCUGGAAAAUAAAGAUUUGGAUCUUUUUGGUUUAACUGGGAAUCAGUUACUAAGUGUGGAGAACAUGAUUAUUUUAACAAUACAGUAUCUUGUCUGGCUAGGUCCUGAUAAGAUACCUCUCAGGGAAGAAUUUGAACAGAUCAUGCUGAAAGCUAUGCAGGAAUUUACUUCAAGGGAACAAUCCUUACAAAUGAAUGCGCCGAGCACCUCCUUGUCGCCAGCUCAACUUCCAUGGCUUGCUAAGUUAAUUGCUAGCGUUUCCCAAGACAUGGUACAUGUGGUGGUUACUCAGAAUUCCUUGGCAGAAGGCAUUUCUGAAACACUGCGGUCACUGACUGAAAUGAAGCACCAACAGAAGGUGCCCGAUUAUGUGGUUGCUAUCUGCACCUCGAAGAUCAGAGGAAGUGAGUUCUGUGUGAUAGUUUUAGGUCAAUACCAGUCUAGAGCUCUGGCAGAGAGCAUGCUUACCACCAGUGAGUUUUUAAAGGAGAUAAGUUACGAGCUCAUUACAGGAAAAGUUAGUUUUCUGGCAUCACAUUUCAAAAACACAUCUUUAGGUGACGAGUUGGACAAGUUAUUAGAGAUGAUGCAACAGAGACGGGGAGAUAACGUCGUUAUUCCGUUCAGUGGAGAUGUUAAUGAAUGUGUAUCAUCUCAAGAAGCAGCUGCCAUGGUUUCCACUCAAGCACUGGACUUUGAUUCUGAAACUUUCCAGAUUUAUCAACCACAACUCACAGUUGCCAGAAAGCUCUUGUCACAAGUGUGUGCCAUAGCAGAUAGUGGCAACCAAAGUCUGGAUCUGGGCCACUUCAACAAAGUAGAUUUUAUUGUUGUCAUUCCUCGUUCAGAGGUCCUCGUUCAACAAACCAUCCAGCGGAUUCGACAAUCAGGUGUUCUUGUAGAUUUAGGGCUUGAAGAAAGUGGAGCAGCUUACCAAAGAGCAGAAAAAUAUGUUGUGCAGCUUGACAAUGAGGUCCAAACCAAAUUUGAUAGCUUCAUGAGACGAGUAAAACAGAACCCAUAUACUCUUUUUGUGCUUGUGCAUGACAAUGCUCAUGUGGAUCUAACAAGUGCUAUCUCAAGCUCUCUGUCUCAUGGAGAGCCUUGUCAAGGACUUGCUGAUAGAGUGAUAAACUGCAGAGAAGUCCUUGAAGCUUUCAAUCUCCUUGUCCUCCAAGUGAGUUCUUUCCCAUAUGCUCUUCAGACUCUCCAAUCCCGAAUCAACUCAGCGAACGAGGUGCACUGGAUACAGUUUGGCAAUAUGGAGGAAAUAACCCAAGAUGAGAAAUUGUACUUUGGCUUGAAUGAAUACAGCAAGUCUCUGCAGUGGGGAAUCACAAGCCCUCUUCUGAGAUGUGAUGACAUUUUUGAAAAAAUGGUGAAUACACUCUUAGAGAGGUAUCCCAGGCUGCACAGUAUGGUGAUUCGUUGCUACCUCCUCAUUCAGCAGUAUUUGGAAGCCUUGAUGGCUCUCACUACCAUGUCCUCACUAAGAGACCACAGCACACCAGAAACGCUCAGCAUAAUGGAUGAUAUCAUCACUGCUCCUGGCAAGGAUAAGAAUGGCUGCGGCCACAUGUUAGUGAUCCGAAUUCCUUCUGUGCAACUGGCAAUGCUGGCAAAAGAGAGGCUGCAAGAAGCACGAGAUAAACUAGGUCUACAGUAUCGUUUUGAGAUCAUUUUGGGGAACCCAGCUUCAGAGCUUAUGGUUGCCAAGCACUUUGUGAAAAGAUUAAAGGCAUGGAGAGGAAAUGAAGAAGAUGAUUGGUUUCCUCAUACGUACCAAGAUUUAGAAGGUCUACCUUGCAUUGUUGUUUUAACCGGCAAGGAUCCAUUAGGAGAAACAUUUCCCAGGUCUUUGAAAUACUGUGAUCUUCGACUGAUUGAUUCAAGCUAUUUAACUCGCACAGCCUUAGAACAAGAAGUAGGCCUAGCAUGCUGCUAUGUUUCCAAGGAGGCAGUUCGAGGACCUAUUGUAGCUCUUGACCUUAGUGAAAAGGAGCAAGAGAAGACCAGCAUUGGUGAGAAUGAUACUGAUGAGCUGUUGAUUGACUUGGAGAGGCCACAAAGUAACAGCAGUGCUGUGACUGGAACUUCAGGAUCUAUAGCAGAAAAUGGAGUGAGCUCCUCCAGUGCAACAGACAAGUCUCAAAAACUGUCACAGUCUAUGAACUUCCAGAAUGUUGCCACUAGCUCUGUUGAUGAAGGCUGUGCUGCUGGGGAGUCUUUGAAACAAGAAUGUGACUCUCUAGCCAACCAGAUAGCCAGCAGCACCACGACUAAAUUGUCAUCAGCUUCCCCUUCGGUCAGCCAGACCUUCCGAUGGCCUAACCAGCCAGUGAAAAAUUGCAAGACAAUGCACAUAUGCUUACCCCGAAUUGUGAUUUUGUCAAAAGCUGCCUAUUGUUUCCUUGGCUCACAGAAAAGUGGCCAGACACCUUUCUCUUCUGCUUUGUUACCUCAUGCUGACAUGUCUUGGGUGAGCUCGCUGAGGCCUUUGCUUCACAAGGAUAUGACCAGUGAAGAGCAGUCUCUUUACUAUCGACAGUGGACUGCUGCACGGCAACACCAUGCAGACUACAGCAACCAUGGUGAAACUACUAGCAGCAGGAGUUUUCAUCCACGACGGCUACUUCUUACAGGGCCACCUCAGGUUGGGAAAACUGGCUCUUAUCUGCAAUUCCUACGAAUUCUCUUUCGAAUGCUGAUCAGAUUGCUGGAGGUAGACGUAUAUGAUGAGGAAGAUAUUAAUAUCAAUCACGUGGAAGAAAAUGAAAUUGCCCAGGCUGGCAGUGAUCAGUGGCCUGACGUUGAAAUUGUCAGUAAAAUGAAUUUUGAUCUCAGUGUGCAUGAUCCCAAAUAUGUUCUUAUGAGUCCAGUCUACACAGAGCAACUGCAAAAAAUAAAGCAGGAACCCAACAGAGAAGUCAAAGUUGAAGAAUUCAGAAAGCGUAAUACUGUUUCUAUGAUGCUGACGAAGUACGCAGCUUACAAUACUUUCCACCACUGUGAACAGUGCCAUCAAUAUAUGGACACAAAUCCUUCACCUUCGAUGUCUGAUUCUACCCUACAUGCCUUUACAUUCUCAUCCUCAAUGUUAGGAGAAGAGAUUCAGCUACAUUUUAUCAUUCCUAAAUCCAAAGAAAACUAUUUUGUCUUCAGUAAACAGGGCAGACAUUUGGAAAGCAUGCGUCUUCCUCUUGUGUCUGAUAAGAAUUUGAAUGCAGUAAAGAGUCCUAUUUUUACACCUUCAAGUGGACGUCAUGAACAUGGUCUCUUGAAUCUUUAUCAUGCCAUGGAAGGCAUCAGCCACCUCCAUCUUCUUGUGGUCAAGGAAUAUGAAAUGCCACUUUACCGCAAAUAUUGGCCCAACCAUAUCAUGCUGGUUCUACCUGGCAUGUUCAACAAUGCAGGAGUUGGUGCUGCGAGAUUCCUAAUUAAAGAGCUUUCUUAUCAUAACCUGGAACUGGAAAGAAAUCGUUUGGAGGAACUGGGAGUUAAACGUCAGUGUGUUUGGCCAUUUAUUGUUGUAAUGGAUGAUUCUUGUGUCUUAUGGAACAGUCAUGUUGUCCAAGAACAAUCUAGUAGUCAGUGUAUAGAUCAAGGAUCAACCAGUAAAAACGUAUCUCUAAAGAGUGUUCUACAGCAUAUUGAAGCCACACCCAAAAUUGUCCAUUAUGCAAUAUUGGGAAUCCAAAAAUGGAAGAGCAAAUUGAAUUCUAGAGCACUCAAAGUUCCCUUUUCCAGAUGCCACAUACAUGAUUUUAUACUGCUCAACAUAGACCUGACCCAAAAUGUGCAAUAUGAUCUGAACAGGUAUUUCUGUGAAGAUGUAGAUUUUAAUCUGAGAACAAACAGCAGUGGCCUGCUUAUCUGUUGUUUUAACAACUUCAGUCUUAUGAAAAAAUAUAUCCAGGUUGGCGGUCAAAAGGAUUUUGAUAUUAAACCGAAAAUCAUG